AUGUCCAAAUUUAAUUAUACAUUUGAUUGCUAUGGGAGUUAUUUAUUUAGGAUAGAUAAUAUUUCAAUUAUUGAAGAAAUAACCUAUCGUAAAUUGGGUUCUAUUUUAGCAUAAAUUGGAUCCAUAAUUUAAUUAAUAUUUAUGUUGAAAUAUGUAGUAUUAUACUAUAAUAAUUAAUUAUCAGAAAAUGAGUUACUAAGUGAAAUAAUUACAAUGUACUAUCCAGAAUUUAAAUAAUAUUCAGUGAAUUUUUUAAAUCAAUUUUAAUUUGAUAAGUAGGACUAGUACUCAAUAGAGAAUCUGAAAUUAAAAUAUUAGGUAUUGCAAAAAGGUGCAAGAGAAAAGUGCCGGUUGACUAAUUUGCUUUAUGAAGUUUCAAGAAUAUAAUUUAUUCUUUAAGACAAAUUUGGAGAUUCAGUUCUAUCAUAAAGUCAUAAAAUGGGAGGCAAAUUUUAAUAACCUUAAGUAGAAUAGCUAGUUUCUAAGGAAUAAAAUCGGCUUUAAAUAUAACCCAUAGAUUUAAUUGAUUUAGAAAACUAAAGUCAUUCUCCAGAACCAUUGGAAGUAUUGAUAAAAUAAACCUGA